CUCUCUCCCUCUCUCCUCUCCUCUCUCUCUAAUCUCUCUCUCUAAACUGCACUCUCUUGGGCACCCCGUUAAAUGCCAGUAGGGCGGGUGCCACUUGAAGAUUCCCGUGGAAGAAAAAGGUGGUGCUCAGCCCGGGGCAGAUAACCCGCAAGACAAAGGCUGAGAGUGUCUCAAUACUGUCCCCACCCCCACCCCCCUGCAGUUACCCGUAGGUAAUACUAGAGAUUCUUAUUUUCGCUUUGGCACUUUAACGGGGUCCUACUAAUCCGUGAGGCCCAGUCUCUGAGCUUGAGCAAACAUUUCUCCGGGGAAGUCAAAUAUCACCUGUAAUUAAAAUUUGACUCAUCCGGAAAGCGCAUAUAAGCGCUGGUCACCCGGCAUUUCGAGACCUCCCCGCCAUUUUAAACGGCCGCGGAGGGAAACCAAGACACGUAAAAAGGACUGGGAGAUCCAGUGGAAGUCACUGUCCCUGGAAACCCUUCCUAUAAGCAGCACACUACAACCCACUACACACUCUGGGAGAACUUCGCUGGGCUCAACAGAUUUAUUUUACAAUUAUGCCCCCGCCCAGACGACCAGCUUCCUCUACACUUCCUCUUUCAAAAGCUCCCACGUUUCGCCUCUUGAAUCUUGUUUACCCGUCUGAUAUUCUUUCUUUUGCCUCCCGCCACAUGCAACUGUGUUUCCUGUGCAGACGGGGUGACUGCUGUAUAUGCCAAGGGUCAGGUUACCACUUUUCCUCAGGCUUUCCUCACACGAAGGCAGAAGCGCCUCAUUUUCCUUGCUUGUUACACCACAUAAGGAGAGAACACUGGCCUAAUUCUAAGAUGAACUCUUUUCUCAUUUGUUUUUGGUUUUAUGGCUCCUGGAAAACACUGCAGAGCUCCAUUUAUUAUCAACCCGUGCGAUAUUUUUCUCGCCUACUUAGAUUCAGCUACUUAUAUCCUGUCAGGCCUAACAUCUCCCACCAGCAAGCUUUUGUUUAUUGGCAGCAGGGUGCCCUUUUCAGUCAACUUAUAGCCCUGCUCUGCUCGUCUUGGGAAUCAAGAAUACUCCUUUUAAAAUAUUUAGACAUUUCAGACACUAACUGCCGAGAGUACUUUUGCUGUCUCUGUCACCACCAGUCCUGGCAUGACUUACACUUCCCACCGGCCUUUCUUAUCAAGAACGGACUCCCCUGCCUACUUAAACACUUUAUUUGUCCAGUAUUAGGCCCUAUUGAGAUGGGGCUAUCUCGAUCGGGAUUCUGCAUAGACUCAGAUAACUUAUUAGAUUGGAUCACAUUUUUCAAACAUCUUUAUCACAGGCUAAUCAUAAGACAAAACAAGGUACUGACGCUUCAAGACUUAGCAGGACUUCAACUCCUAAGAACACUUUCCAACUUUCCAGAUGAUGAGCUCAGGGUUUGGAAGUCAGAUAGGCAACACCACCUCCAUACUACAGGACUCACCACUGGGAUGAAUUAUCAACAAUUGGGAUAAAUUUGACCCUCAAACCCUCAGGAAGAAAAAAUUAAUAUUCUGUAAUAUGGCCUGGCCACAGUAUAAAUUAGAUGACCAAGAGGUCUGGCCCCAUAAUGGAAGCAUAAAGUAUAAUACUAUUCUCCAGCUAGACUUGUUUUGUCACCAACAAGGGAAACGGACUGAGGUCCCAUACAUACAAACCCUUAUGGCCCUCAGAGACAAUCCCAAGCUCUAGAGGCAGCUCUUGCAAAUUAGAUCCAGCUGUUUUAGCAGUUAUUAACCAGAUGCCCCAGCCUAAAACCAUAGGCACCCUAGAUCUCCAGCCCCAACUGGCGCUAGGGACCUUGGCUACAGCCCCUGAAUACACUACGUAUGAUCCUGCAACCCCUUACAUAGGACCCACAACCCCUAGGUUAUGUCCAUUACAAGAGGUUACUGGACCCUCUGGUCCUAUACGGGUCCAGGUGCCAUUCUCCAUUCAGGAUUAUAAACAGGUAAAAUCAGACCUUGGAACUGUUUCAGAUGAUCCCCCAAAAAUACAUUAACUUCCUUAAAUUAACCUGGACCUUUGACUUUAUGUGGAA